UCCUCCACUAACAAAGAGCCAGUCAGGGGGAAUCUACUCUUACGACUCACAGUCUAUGACGCUUCCGCAUUGAUAACUCCACUUCCGUAUAGCCAUCGACGUACGCAACCUUAUAAAAUCCACCUUCAAGUUCAUUGACAUCAACAUCUGACCAAUUCAGAUGAGCUACCCUCCAUAUGGUCCCCCUAGUGGAUUUCCACCAGCACCUGGUGGAUAUCCAGCACCAGGAGGUCAGCCUGGUUACCCAGGUUACCCUGGCGCUGGGCCAGGCUAUGGAGGAUUUCCUGCUUCAGGUGGACAGUUUUCCAUGCCAACACCUGAAUCGGCCUCAGCAGCAGCUUAUGGAGGACCACCUGGUGGUAUGCCAUCAUAUCCACCUCAGCCAGGUGGUCUAGGUUUUGGAGCUCAAGCAGGAGGUGCUUAUCCACCAGCCCCCUCCGUUGCCAUGCCUAAUGCACCUAAUGCUGCUUGUCCUACAUACAGUCAGCCAACCUAUGGAGGUGCACCAGGCUUUGGUGGUCCUCAGCCAGGCAGCUACCCAGCCCAGCCUGUUACUGGCUACAGCCAGCCUUCAGCAGGGUAUGGUUCUUCUGCUGGCUAUCCUUCAGCUCCAGCUGCAGGUCAGUAUGGAGCUGGUCAGCCAGGUUAUGGUCCUCCUCCCACUGGAAGUUAUGGAGGAUCAUAUCCUGGGACUUAUGGAGCACCAGGAGUAGGUCCUGCUGUAGGGCAGCACGGUGUUGGAGGGCAGUAUGGACAAAGUACAGGCUAUCAAAGUGUUCCAGCAGCAACUACAUACAAAAUUAUGGAAGAGGGAACCCUGAAACCAUUUCCACGAUUCAAUGCAGAAGAAGAUGUACAGAAGCUCAGAAAGGCUAUGAAAGGAAUAGGAACAGAUGAGAAGGCUAUCAUUGAUAUACUUGGCUAUCGAACCAAUGAUCAGCGCCAGAACAUUAAGCUCAUGUACAAGACAUGUUAUGGAAGGGACUUGGUUCAAGACUUGAAGAGUGAGCUUGGUGGCCAUUUUGAAGAUGCUGCUGUAGCCCUGAUGUUCAAGCCUGAUGAGUAUGAUGCUUAUGAGCUGCGCCGUGCAAUGAGAGGUGCUGGAACAGAUGAAGCAGCUUUGAUAGAAAUCUUGUGUACUCGCAGCAACAGCCAGAUCCAUACCAUAAAUAAUACUUAUAAAAUGAUGUAUGGUCGCAAACUGGAAGAGGAUAUCAUCAGUGAAACAUCAGGGCAUUUUCGUAAACUUCUGGUGUCUAUGAGCGUAGGUGGUCGCAUGGAAAACCAGCCUGUAGAUAUGCAGAAAGCUCAAGCAGAUGCCCAGAAAGUCUAUAAUGCUGGUGAGCGUCGGUGGGGCACAGAUGAAAACACGUUUAACAUGGUGCUGGCAUCCCAGAGUUACGAGCAGCUGCGGGCUGUCUUUGAUGCUUACAGCCGUAUUGCUAACAAGGAUAUCGAACAGGCAAUUCAGUCAGAGAUGUCUGGAGAUUUGGCUACUGGCAUGCUUACUAUAGUCAGGAUGAUUCGAAACAAGCAUGGGUACUUUGCAGACCGACUGUAUCAUUCAAUGAAAGGUAUGGGUACAGAUGACCGAACGUUGAUCAGAAUUAUUGUGUCACGCUGUGAGGUGGAUAUGAAGCAGAUAAAACUAGAGUUCCAGCGUCGUUAUGGCCAAACUCUAGAUGCCUUUGUGAGGGAUGAUAUCUCUGGAGACUACCGUCGCCUGAUCUUGGCUUUGGUUGGAGGCAGCAUUUAAUAAAAGUGUAAAGGAAAACAGCAGCAAACACAAUUCUUUUGCAUUUGGACUGAAAAAUAAUCCAAUUUAUUACAAGGAGGAAUACUUUCUCAUCGUCUUCUUUAAUUCUAUGCUCAAAUGGUUCUCUCUCUCUCAAAUGUUAUGCACACUAGCAACAUGUGCUACUUGUCCUUAAAGAGUUUAGUGCUGUUUCUUAAUAUUUGGAUUAAUCUUGAUUAAUAUUUUAAACUAAAUUCAUAUUUUUAUGUAUGAAAAGUAGUUGUUUAUAGAUAUAGUAUAGAAUUCUGCAAAGUUUUACAUUUUUAUUUAUAUAAAAAAAGAGCUGUUUUGUGGUUAUUUUAUAUUAGCAGAUACAGUGGAUUCUUGUGCAUGCUAUGUCAGUGUGGUUCACUUUGUAUCCUUUCUAUUAUUUUAUCUCUUAUAUAUAUUUAUGGCAUGUGAAGUCUGUCUUCUUUUAUGGUAUUAAUUGUGCAGUUAAGUGAAUGAUUUUUUCUGUUAAAAGAUAUCUUCCUGAACAUGGCAAUAGUACAUGCUAAAUAUUUUUGUAUAUUUUUUUCAGUUAUUUUUUUCAUAUAGAUUUUGUUUUUUUUAGUAUGUUCUGGGAGACAUAUAUAUAUAUGUUUAAUGUUUAUUUUCCAGUAUUAUAACCUAAAUGAGCAUCAUCAACAAUAUCAGAAUAACUUCCCCAAUCUGUAUGUGCUGGGGGGUGUUUUACUUUUAAGGAAUCAGUAAGACUAUAACUUACUGCUGUACCUGAUGGAUUAUAUUAAAUCAAGCUUUACAACAUGCAGGUGAUAGCAACCAGUAAGCGGUUGUUUUUAAGACUAUCUUGUUUCGUAGGAAAGUAUCUUAAGAUAGAAGACUGAAGCUCUACAUCUGCUAUGGAUCAAAUACCUGAUGUCUAAAAAGCUUUGCUGAGUCAGCAGGAUGAAUAUAAAUUGACAAUGGGCAGACAUUGCUGUGCCUGCAACUUUCAGAGCCAUGCAUUUUGCUAACCACUUCUUUUUAAAGCUGACACUUUCAUUUCACACAUCUAUAUUCAUGUAAGCGAUUUCUCUGUGUGUUCUUUUUAAGUUUUCUCUUGCAGAUGUGUAGUUUUUAUAGUUUUAUAAUUAGCAGAGCUAUGAUGGUAAAGUAAACUAACAUUUAAUACUAUCAGCUUAAGAUAUGUAAUUUUAGAAGAUGCAUUUCAUUUGUCUUAGUGUUUAUUUGAGGUGUGACCAUGCAUGUGGACUGAUGACAUUGAAAUAUUGUAAUGCAUUGAUGUUCUACAAAUGCUUCUUGGGAUGUAUUUCAUAAUGUAUGUGAAGUAUAUUGGUUUGUACUUUUUUCCCCAGCUACAAUCUAUAUGAAUUCAAAUAAUAAGCAGAUGUCCAUCACAUGCAGAAUUUAUGUGAGUUUUUUUCUCUGUUGUUUUCUAAGGGAAGUGCGUUGUUUUUAAGAUCAGUUAAAUGCAAAGGAGUGUGGUUAGUUGAAACCAUACCUUUAAUAUCUUUGCUUAAAAGUUAUUUGGGUAAAAAGUAGCCAAACUAAGUUGUAGCUGAACUGCCCCAAAGAUGCCAUAAAAAUAUAAGCUUGCA